AUGCCUUAUUAUAUGCUUGCAUUCCCAGUCAUUCUGCAGUUUGCUUUCUUCAGUCCAUCGGAAGCGGGAUGUGGCAUUUGCGCACCAUGUUCACCAUGUGCGGUACCAGCACCAUGCCCACCUCCGGUUAUUUGUUCACCACAGAUCUGUCCACCUCCGCCAAUCUGCCCCGUUAUUAUACCUAAGCCAUGUCCACCAUGCAUUGUAAGUUUGCUGAAUCAUUUUGCAUUAAUCAUUCGGGGCGAUGGACUGUCGUAA